ACUUAGACAAGAAAAGAAAAUUGAUUUAGUUUUUGUUUUCCCUGGUGAAGUGAGUAAAAACCAUAUUAAUUGCUUCAGUUCAUUGAAGUAAAACGUAAAAGAAUUGAAGUGAAAGAGAGUUCAAAAGAAAAUUUGGGUAUUUUGUUUUGGGUGUGUUUUGAUUGAAAUCAAAGUUUUGAAGAUUUCGGAAACUUCCUUUUCUCUUUUUUUUCCCCUUGCCCCUUCUUCUUUGUUUAUCUUUUCAUAGUAGCAGUGGAAUUUUUUGUAACUCGGGAAUUAUUGCGAAAGCCUUUCAACUGUUGCUUGUCUGUAAUGUUAGAAUGCUCAGAAUCAGAGCUCCUUCUUGGGGGAGCUUGUAUUAUGGAACACGAAGCUAUAUCCUCAGGCACUGAACCGAACCCUUGUUUUUUGUGCACAAUGAGUGGGAAGCUGAAAGCAGGGGAUAAACUGCUGAUUUCUUUGAGCUCUAUGGCUGCAUUGUUGUGAUUUGUUCUGUAACAGUAGUUUAUUUAGAUAGUUGGUUCAGUUUUGUGUGUGAGUUUUAGGUAGUGAUUCUUGUGACAUGGUGCCUUUGGGUCCUUCUACUCCUAUAGGUGGUGCACAGUCAGUUCCAUCUUCUCUUUUGCGGACUAAUUCGGGGAUGUUAGGGUCACAAGGCGGUGGUCUUCCUUCUCAAUCCGGGUUCCCUUCAUUAGUGUCCCCUCGAACUCGGUUUAGCAAUAUGAAUAUGCUUGGGAAUGUGCCUAAUGUGUCUUCCCUUCUUAAUCAGUCAUUCGGGAAUGGGGGUCUGAACCCUCAGCUUUCUGGUCCUGGGAGCAUUCAGCGUGGAGGAAUUGACCCAGGGGCUGAAUCCGAUCCACUUUCAAAUGUUGGUACUGGGAUGGGGUUUAAUGCCCCAUCAUCAUCAUUUGUGCCAUCGAACAUGGCAAACCCUGGAUCAUCUGGUCAAGUUCAAGGCCAACAAUUUUCAAACCUUUCUGGAAACCUUAUUUUACCGGAUCAACAGCAACCCCAACAACCUGAGUCACAACAUUUCCAACAUGGUCAACCGGGAAUGCAACAAGUCUCUGCACCUCACAACACCCAGCAAGGACAGCUGCUGCAGCAGCAACAACAACAGUUUCAAUCUAUUAGAGGAGGCUUGGCUGGCGUUGGAGCCGUCAAAUUGGAGCCGCAACAACUGGCUAAUGAUCAGCAUGGCCAGCAGCAGCAACAGUUGCAAUCGUGUAGAAAUCUUGCUCCUGUUAAACUGGAACCACAACAAAUCCCGCCUACAAGGACUUUGGCACAGGUAAAAAUGGAACCUCAACAUUCAGAUCAGUCAUUGCUUUUGCAUCAGCAGCAGCAACAGCAACAUUUACUCCAAAUUUCACGGCAGUCCCCACAAACUGCUGCCGCCCAAAUUAAUCUUUUGCAUCAACAAAGACUCUUGCAGCUUCAACAGCUACAACACCAGCAGCAACUUUUGAAAGCAAUACCUCAACAAAGGUCACAAUUUCAGCAGCAGUUUCAACAGCAGAAUUUGCCUUUGAGAUCACCCGUCAAAUCAGCAUAUGAGCCCGGGAUGUGUGCCCGGCGUCUGACACAUUACAUUUAUCAGCAACAACAUAGACCUGAAGACAACAACAUUGAAUUUUGGAGAAAAUUUGUUGCCGAGUAUUUUGCACCGAAUGCCAAAAAGAAGUGGUGUGUUUCUUUGUAUGGAAGUGGCUGCCAAACAACUGGUGUUUUCCCUCAGGGUGUAUGGCACUGUGAAAUAUGCAAUCGGAAGCCAGGACGUGGUUUUGAGGCGACUGUCGAAGUUCUCCCUAGGCUUUUCAAGAUUAAAUAUGAAAGUGGUACUUUAGAAGAACUUCUUUAUGUUGAUAUGCCCCGUGAGUAUCAGAUUUCAUCGGGCCAAAUUGUCUUGGACUAUGCAAAAGCAAUACAAGAAAGUGUUUUUGAGCAACUUCGUGUUGUUCGUGAUGGUCAGCUUCGGAUAGUUUUCUCACCAGAUCUAAAGAUAUGUUCUUGGGAAUUUUGUGCUCGGCGUCAUGAAGAACUCAUCCCUAGAAGAUUAUUGAUACCUCAGGUUAGUCAGCUUGGGGCGGCAGCUCAAAAGUAUCAAGCUGCAACUCAAAACGCAUCAACAAAUUUAUCUGCUCCAGAUUUGCAGAAUAACUGUAACUUGUUUGUAGCAUCAGCUCGGCAAUUGGCUAAAGCCUUGGAAGUGCCAUUGGUAAAUGAUUUGGGUUAUACAAAGAGAUACGUGCGAUGUCUUCAGAUAUCUGAAGUGGUUAAUAGCAUGAAAGACUUGAUUGAUUAUAGCAGAGAAACGAGGACCGGACCCAUGGAGAGUUUGGCUAAGUUCCCUCGAAGAACAAGCGCUUCAUCUGGUUUUUAUGCUCAAGCUCAACAGUCCGAGGAACAGCUAAAACAGCAGCAGCAGACAUCGCAACAGCAAAUGAUAGCCCAGAGCUCUAAUGGUGAUCAAAGUAAUGCCCAGGCUUCUGGGAUGCAGCUUCCUGCUAACAAUGGUGUGGCUAAUAUGAAUAACUCACUUAAUGUAGCAUCUGCAUCGACAUCUGCCGGAACCAUCGCUGGGCCUCUACACCAGAAUUCCAUGAGCUCCAGGCAGCCGAAUUCUAUAAAUAAUGCAAGCAGUCCCUAUGGUGGAAACUCUGUUCAGAUUCCAUCGCCGGGCUCCUCUACCACAAUACCACAAACACAAGCACAAGCAAAUCCUCCUCAAGCUCCAAAUGGCGCCUUAGCAGCUUCCAGUCACAUGAGUUCCACAAAUUCUCCGGCAAUGAACAUGCCCAUGCAGCAGCUAGCUCUUUCUGGUGAGGCAGACCCCAAUGAAUCGCAAAGUUCCGUUCAGAAAAUCAUUUAUGAAAUAAUGUCUAGCCAACUCAAUAAUACCGGUGGCAUGGUUAGUGCCGGCACUCUAAGCAAUGAUGUGACGAGCGUAAACGGAAUGCUACCACCAAGCAACAAUACAGUUCUCAACAGCGGCAACACUUUGAUCAGCAACGGGGUCAUCAACAGCAAUAAUCCAGUUAGUGGCGUUGGGUUUGGUUCAAUGAGUGGUGGACUUGGCCAGUCUGCUAUAAUGAAUGGAAUCAGAGCAACAAUGGGAAACAACCCGGUCAUGAACGGUAGGAUCGGUAUGGUGCAGAUGGCUCGGGAACAACUCAUGAACCACCAACAACAGGACAUGGGGAAGCAGCUAUUGAAUGGGCUUGGAACAGUCAAAGGUUUUAAUAAUUGUCAAUUUGAUUGGAAUCCUUCCCCAUGAGAAACUGAUGUGCAAAAAACCUGUUGGGUUUUUCUUUGAUUACACUAUAUGAUAGAUCAAGGCCUUUCCUCC